GCAAGUCGUGAUUUCUAAAUCGGUUUUAAGAUUUCUCUAUGGAGAUGUAUGUAGCCCAUUUCAAAAAUUUUAACAAGAUUUCUACAAUCUACGGAUUAUCAUCCAUUAUUCAUCAUUCCUUUUUUUGUGCACAGCGCAAUUAAAUUUUUCUAUGCAUAAUAAUAACAUCGAAAAAUUUACAAAUCCAUCGAAUUUUAUGCAGUUAUAAAUAUUCAAGUGGCAUUCUCUCAUGCGUAAUUUGGAUGCCGCUUUUAACAAAAAUUGCUAUUUGUGAUUUGCACAUCAAUUUUAAGAUUUCUCGAGGUUCAGUAAUAGACGAUUUCAGAAAUUUUAACAACACUAUUUCAAAUUUGGUGCACAAUCAAUUAAAUUUUUACAUAGAUAAUAACCACAUCUGAAACUCUGUAAAUUUCAGAUUACAAUAUUACAUUAUCUCCCCCGUGAAUUGCCCCAUUGUAAAAAUAACUUUUUUUUCAUUUCAUCCUCUGCGCCGUGUUAUUAUUUUGUAAAAGUUCGUAAAAUUAUGUUACAAAACUUAUGCAUUUUACAAAGUUACCAAUGACUGCGUGAAUUGCCUUAUUAAAAAAAAUUAUAGAUGGUUAUGAAAUACGAGUGAUCUUUUCUCAUUGAGAUUUUCGAGGGGGUUGAACAUCCGUCACUUUUUUGACAGACGUGAAGGCGAUUCCAUAUUUGGAGGGAGGGGCAGUUUUGACAUAUUCACCAUUUCGUACGAGCUGACUUUGACGGUCGUGUUGCUGUCCACGGUUAAAAAUGUGGUAAAGUCAGACACACAUUCGGUGAUGGUAUAGAUUUGGUAAUAACUUCUAUACCGGAUUGGUAAUAGUUUGAUUCUGAGUGGUAAGUUUUGUAAUUCCCGUUAUUACCGUGGCAGUGAAGUCAUAUAUGCACUCUCGGGCUGGUGAUGACUCAAUACCGUUUUGCUAAGAGGGUUGUAUUAGUUUGCUAAAAUUUACUAAAAUACAAAGAAAAUUGUAAGAAAAUGAUGCAAAAUUGAUGAAAAGAUUGAGAAAAUUUGUGUGAUUUCUGAGCCAAUAAGAAUUUUUAAAUGGUAUUAAAAUUACUAAUUAAAAUAUAGAUAACACUCCUCGGUUGAUUGUGUAUUAUGUGCUACAUAACUGGUUUUUCAAAGCCGUAUUUUCUCUCCCCGAAGCACCAUUUGAUUAAUGAAACGGUCAAAAAAGAGAUAUGUGCAUAUGUGAAACAAAUGGAUAAGACAACUUCAACCACGAUUUGUGAAUCAUGAUCAUUUGCUUAAAAUAAUUAAUCGUCAUUUACGUAGUGCUAGGUAAUUUUGUAAAACCCGUAAAUUUGUAAAAUAAUAUUUGUAAAAGCUGUAAGUAAAAGUUUGAAAGUUGACGGAAUCUACUGAACUGACAAAGUUACCAAAAACUGUGCAUGUGCACAAAACUGUGCUAUCAUUAGUUCAUUUCCAAAUUUAGAUUGAAAAACAUUUCGCAAAUUUCUGGGAAAUUGUGAAAUAGAAAAAAAUGCAAUUAUUUACUUCUCUCGAAUUAUUAUGCAUUACGCAUCGUUGAAUUACAAUGGGUAAGUAUUUACCUAUCGACUAAUUGUUUACGCCUCAUUUUCACCUGACCAUAUUGUCCCUUUGUUUUACAAAUAUUGUGACUCACAAUUUGUGAGCAUGAGGAGUGAAAUCGGUAGAAAUACGAUAUCUUGUCUGGAAUGGAAUGAAAUGAAUGCUUAUAACAAAUUAAUACUUAAAAAGCGCACCUUUGAUGUUGAGGCAGGCGAGUGAAACCAAGCGGUGACGAAUCGUCGCUUACGAAUUAUUAUCCCGGAAGAGGUAAAAAUUGGAACAAAAACAAAUUGGCCAUUUAAUAAAUAACCAGUUUCGCCUGGUCACCAAGUGUUCAGUUGAUUAUUAAGGUGGAAAGUUUGUAGUGCGAAAUUAUUAAGUAAUUUAUAACUUUAGUCAUGAAAAUUAGUGGAAUCUUGCUCGUUCUCGGUUUAAUUGCAGUCACCAUCAUUUCCGUCAGUGGGGAAGACGCUAAACUCAAACCUGCCGAAGACAGGAAACUUGAAAAAAGAUCGCCCGAUUCAGUGACCACGGGAGCAGAUACAUCUGCAAAGAAGGAAGAAUCGAAACGUGACAUUCCCGACACUCCUGCAGCCUCCACAGAUCCCGCUCCCGAGAAAAAGAAGAAACGCAAGAAGAGAAAGUUUUUAGCGUCUUCUCCAGAUGGCACGGAGGAAAAGAGAUCUGUCGUUGCCGUGGCCCCAGCGGAGGCCAGUUCUGCCAUACCCGCAGCGGUCGAAGGGCAAGAUGCCAAAAAUGUGAAACGAGAGGAUGCCGCCCAAGCGGUCGAAACGCAAGCGUCGUCGCCAGAUGUCAAAAGUGUGCCAGACGUAAAACGAGAAGACGCCGUUCAAGCGGUCGAAUCCCCGCAAGCGUCCCCGGAUGUCAAAAGCGUGCCGGAGGUGAAGCGAGAGGAUGCCGUUCAAGCGGUUGAAGCCCCACAAUCGUCCCCAGAUGUUAAAAGUGUGGCGGAGGUGAAACGAGAGGACGCCGCCCCUGCGAUUCAAGCUGUUGAAGUACAACCAUCUCCAGAAGAAGAUAAAACUGGGGCCGAUGUUAAGCGAGAGGACGCCGUACUUCUUCCAGCAGUCGAAGUGCAACCGGUAUCUCAAGCAAUUGAAGAUGUUAAAAGCGGGGCGGAAGUGAAACGAGAGGACAUCGCCGUUCCCGUUACGCAAGCAGAACCCUCUCCAACCGCAAACGUAGGGGAGGAGGGCAAGGAUGUGAAGCGAGAGGAUACCUCCGCCCCAGUCGCAGUGCAAGAAGAAGAAUACGACGAUGACGCCCAAGCCCCUGUCGAAGUAGAGAAACGAUCCGAAGAUGAAGAUGGUUUAGCUUCAUCGAGAACGGGUGAAUUAAUUGAACGGAUUUACGAAGAGGAGCAAGACAUGAAACAAUUGAUGAAAACGAUUGUCCGAGAGGAAAAACAGAUGGAGAAAAUGCUACACAAAUUGGAACAAUUGGAGGAACGCGUCGAGGCGAAAGAUACGACACGUCACAGUAACAGACGCCACUCACGGUUUCGUCAUAAUUAAAAUGAAUUUUUGACCUUAUUUACGAAUGUAUUUAUUUAUGAGUGCGACUUAUUCUUUUUGGGUGUGGUGAUGCUUUAAUCUUAAUUUGUUCUACCUGAA